AGUGAGGAAAGAGCAACGGGAGGAAACAACCAUGGAGGGAGAAAACUGGAUGUAUUAGCUAGUUCGCUACUCUAGGGAACCUUCACCCCCCUACUUUCGUUUUCCUCUUGCGCAAAUCAAAGCGCCACAAUGCGGCGAUAUCCGGUGUAUGUGUUGUGCGCUGGGAAAACGUCGUAAACCAAAAAGUUCAAACGUUCAACGACAGUCCGACCGAGGACGGUUAGCACAGCCCCGACGAGAGUUAGCCCGCUGCGGCUAACGUAGCCUGCCUCUGCUAGCAAGAGAGGACAAGAAAGAAGAAGAAGAAAAAACAGGCUAGUGGAAAAGUGGUAACGGGUCAAAGUGGCGCUGCGGCGCGAAGUAACUAGUAAUGUUGCCUCCCGGGAUUAACUUUAGAUACGGAUGAGAAGUAAAUUGGGGAACAGCGAGAACAACUGCGAGCCGGACGACCACUGCGAUGUUGGGGUUGAUUCGCGGCUCUGGCAGCCCGCCGGAGUCCCGGGGUUGGCCCCACUCGGUGCCGUGGAGGCUCGGGGGCUUCUUCUUCCUCCUGCUGCUGGAAGGGGCCGGCUGCCUCGCCAACCCGAGCAGCACUUCUGGUGGCGUCGUCGUCGUCUUUAACAACAACAACAACAACAACAAUAACAACAACCUCAACCUCAACAACCAGCAGCAGCCCAGUGUCAACAUAUACAUGAGUCUCGAGGAGGUGAAGCAGCUUUUGGGCCUGGAUGCAGAGCUCUACUACGUGCGUGACGAUGUGGUGAAUCACUACGCUCUCUCCUUCACCCUGCCGGUGCCUAGUGAGACCAACAGCCUUCACUUCUCAUGGCAUUCCAAGACGAGGGUCGACUACCGGCUUGGCUUCCUCAUGGAGAACCCCGCUGCCAUGAACCAGCCACAGAGCAACAUCUCCACCCAUGGGGAGGUGCCCCGUGUUCCCUCUGUCUUCAGAGUGGACCUCUUCUGUUCCGGCAAGGUGGAUGGAGAGGCUGUUUUAACAGUGCAGCUCAAUCUGACCAUCCACGCCAACAACUACACAGUGCUCAACUUCAAGAGGAGGAAAAUGUGUUAUAAAAGAAUAGAUGACCCAAAGAGCCCCAUUCCCCUCAACAAUAACACUCUUCCGCGGCCCGAAAUAGACGGUGUCACCGCCCCCACCACCUCCACCCAGGUGUUCUACAUAAGUGUGAGCGUCUGCUGCAUUGUCAUCUUCCUGGUGGCCAUCAUCCUGGCCAUCCUGCACCUGCACAGCAUGAAGAGGGUGGAGAUGGAGGACAGUGUGAGUGACAGCGGCAGCUCACAGGGCCUGUCUCAGCCGUCCACCCAGACCACGCAGUACCUGAGGGCGGACACGCCAAACAACGUCGCCCCUGUCACCAACAAUCACCCUGGUUCUGCGCCCAUACUCCAGCUUGCUGCCACCUCCUUCCAAAACCCCGGUGCUCCCCCACAUGAAACUAAAAGUUACCCGUCUCUCCGCAUUGAGAAGAACGACCUGAGGAGUGUGACUCUAAUGGAGGCCAAAGCUAAAGUGAAAGACAUCGCCAUCUCAAGGGAGAGAGUCACACUGCGGGACGUCUUACACGAAGGCACGUUCGGGCGCAUCUUCCACGGCGUGCUACUGGAUGAAAAGGACCCCAGCAAGGAAAAGCAGGUCUUUGUGAAGUCGGUGAAAGAUAAUGCGUCUGAGGUGCAGGUGACCAUGAUGUUGACUGAAAGCUGCAAGCUCCGUGGACUUCAUCAUCGAAACCUGCUGCCCAUAAGUAACGUGUGCACGGAGGACGGAGAGAAGCCCAUGGUGAUGCUGCCUUUCAUGGCGUGGGGGAAUCUGAAGCUGUUCCUGCGGCAGUGCAAGCUCGCCGAGGCCAACAACCCACAGGCAAUCUCUCAACAAGACUUGGUUUACAUGGCCAUCCAGAUCGCAUGUGGAAUGAGCUACCUCGCUCGCAGGGAGGUCAUCCACAAAGACCUCGCUGCCAGGAACUGCGUCAUUGACGAUAACAUGCAGGUGAAGAUAACAGACAAUGCCCUUGCCCGAGACCUAUUUCCCAUGGAUUACCACUGUCUGGGGGAUAAUGAGAACAGGCCGGUCCGCUGGAUGGCCCUGGAAAGUUUGCUCAACAACGACUUCUCCAGUGCGAGUGACGUGUGGGCCUUCGGAGUGACGCUGUGGGAGCUGAUGACUCUGGGGCAGACCCCCUACGUCGACAUCGAUCCUUUCGAGAUGUCGGCCUACCUGAAGGACGGGUACCGAAUAGCACAACCAAUCAACUGCCCAGAUGAACUGUUUGCUGUGAUGGCGUGCUGCUGGGCCCUGGACCCCGAGGAGAGGCCCAAGUUUCAGCAGCUUGUUCAGUGUCUCACGGAGUUCCACGCGGCGUUGGGCGCUUACGUGUGAAAGCAAGCCGCUCCUUCCUCCUCUUCUUUCUUUUCUUUUUCUUUUAAAGCGAGGACUUUGACACUGAAGGCUUUGUGGACACUAUUCAUAAGGAACACAUGUAUGAAAACAUGCCUUAUCAGACAAAAGAGCAGACUUAAGUCAUGAUGAUUUGUAUUCUGUACAGUUCCUUUUGGAGUUUUUAUAUAGUUGAAUUCCCUUUUUACAGCAUAGCAAAGUAAAAGGAUUCUUUCUUGAAUAUUGUUCCGUCUGCUUUGAAAGCGUUUAGAAAUGGCAACCGUGGUGCUCUUUCCUCGCAUUCCCGGAUAUCUACGUGCCAGUGGACACAGUAUUUUCUAGAGUUUUGUAACUUAGUGAAACAGCGUCAACAGUAGGAGUGAUGCGGAUGAGAGUAAGUGGAUCGGUUCCGGUACCAGAGUGGACUCGAGGGGCUUCUUAUGUGCGUGGAACCACUGUCCAGCACGCCGCAGCACUCUUUGCUCCGGGGCAGCUCGGUACGAGAGGCCUCCUGGAAACCAGAUGGCGGUUUGUCCAGGUGAAUUGUUAACGAGGGGCACAGCGCCGCCGCGUGGUCUGGAGGACUUUGAGGAUCAGACGUCUGGACGCCACGGCUCGGACAAGAGAGCCACAUGUUGAACAACGUCUGGGCUGAGCUGUGGUCACCGUGGUCAUUUGAGAUGCCACCGCCUUCUUCCUCUUCCUGCCGUCUCUACAUGUUAUUCUCCACCGUCACAAACCUUCUCAGACAGAACUAUCAUUACGUUUAUUAUUUUAUAUGCUUGAUUGUUCUGCGUCAGAACACAGCCCUCCACAGGAAUUUACUUUCUUUUCUUUUUUUUAAUGACAGAUUUUUAUGGUGAGUAACUCAAACACAAAUAAUCACUGUGAACACGUAGAAACUGCUGACCAGCUCGGUCUAAUCGUAUUCCCACACCCUUUUAACAUCUUUGUGAUGUGUCUUUAUGGUCACUGCAUGUUGAAUUAAGGUUUUUAAACUGCUUCCCGAUUUCAUAUUCACAAAUUAAAUGGGAUCUUUUCAAUAUAGAACGUCUCCGAGAGUUUCGUAUUUCUUCUCCACGCCGGUAUCGCUGAGCUCAACAGCUCCCGUCUUUGUGAGGGAGAACGCCCGACGCCUGAUGUUUUGUCUUGUACCACGAAAGCCGCAGUUAAAGCCGAGUGUUUUGGUACAAAGAAUGCUUUCCUGUUUAGGAAAGCCCCCAAACACAGCGGUGGCUUCUUGUUGUUCAACCUUGCAAAACAUCGUGAAGAACUGGAGAACCAAAUGAGUAAAGCUACCAGUACUCUAGGAGCUGUGUUAGCAGAAAUAAGCCCCGCCACCUGCAUGAAAAGUGAGAAUGUUGUUAUGGAUUCUAUCUGGUUCUUAUUCUGUCUGUACGAUUUCCUCACCAGCAGAAGCCUCAAUGGACAACGAUACAAUGCAGCCGCAGGACAUGUUGAGUAAGGAGGAAGCUGUUGUGCCACAACAGUUUGGGGUUUAGAGCCGUCUGAAAAGUAACAACCACAGGUUUAAGGGGUUUCUGGAUUUAGUUUCGACACAAUCAUCAAGAGAACUCUGUAAACCUGUCAUUUAGAAAGACAGGGUCCCUGUCCAUACUUGUAGCAUCAUAUUAAAAAAAAAAGUUGGUUUUCAUCCUUCUAAGCUUUCA